AUGGAGCGCGUUCAUCAGAUCAACCCGUUCUCUAAGCGCGAUUCUCAUGAUAAGAACGCAAUUCUCGCCUAUAAAGUUUUCACCACCCUUACAUGGAUCUUGUCAAUCGCAGUCACGUUCUACUAUACCUUCAGUAGGCCUCACGAUGGCUCCUUCUCUGGACACACAAUAUGGGAACAGAAUGAUCUUCAUCUUACAGCUUUCCGUUUGAACAAGGUUAUCGCUAGUGUUUACUGGAUUGUUCUGUUCAUCCUUCAGGGUGGUUAUAUCGCCCACCUCUUCUCCGCCAAUGUUGACACGCUCAACGCCGCCGCCGCCGUCGGCAGUCACUUCAUUCUCAAUAAUCUCUUCCAGUUCGCGUUUGUCAUGCUUUUUGUGCGAAGCUAUUUUGGCUGGGCCGAGUUGAUUCUCAUCCUCAACUUUGUUAAUUUGACAUCGCUCUACUUCCGCCACCCAGCUUAUGCUCGGUUUAUUCAUGAGGCUGUAGUCUCAGGCCCGCUCGCAUGGGCUUUCGUGGCCAUCUACUGGAACGGAGCCAUCAUGGUGCCACAUGCUGCCUCCUUGGUCGCUCGAAUCUUUGGCAACGUCUUUAUCUGGUCGAUCCUUGUCUACGGCUUGUUCUACAUUGUUGCGUACAAGGAUUACACCAUGGGUUUCAACCUCAGCGUCCUCUCAGCAGCUAUCGGUGUCAGCCAGUUCCUCAGACAAUUCAUUGCCUUCCAGUGGAUCUUCGCAUUUACCAUCAUGGCCACGCUCUUUGUCGCUACCGUUGGUGUUGCUGUUCCAGCUGCCACUGGCAAGGAUUUCGGCUGGCGGAGACAAGUGGAGGCCGACACCGAGCGUGCGCCUCUUCUCCGCGACGAGAACAACUAA